AUGCUUUCGAUAUUCAAUGUUGGUAAUGAAUCUGAAAGUGGAAAAUUGCUCAUAACACUUAUGCAUCGCCCAGGUAAUGAACUUCUUCGGCUUACAAAAAAAAAUCUUGAGAAAUUACUUUAUGAUGCCAUUCCUAACAUUGAUCAAACACACAAAUCACAUGAUAUUUUUACAAAUUAUUUACGUGACCAUGGCAUAAAAGUACUUUAUGUAAAGCCUCUUCUUCUUAAUACACUUACUUAUAGUAUCAAAGCUUGUGAUGCAUUAAUUGAAGGAAUUAUUGAAAACAGUUUAUUCAAUAAAGAUCAAAAUAAUCAAGAACUAUUAAACGCUCUUCGUCAAUGGUUAAUGCAACGUACACCUGAACAAUUAGUUGAAGAUGUUAUAACUGGUGUGGCUUGUACAAAAGAUGAAUUAGGAAACUCACAUUAUGCUCAAGUUCUUUUGCAAAUGUGUGAUCAAAAUACUGAAUUUAUUAUUCCACCAUUGCCUAAUCUUUUAUUUACACGUGAUUCUUUUUCAAUCAUUGAAAAAAAUGUAUUUAUUUGGCAUAUGGCUAAACCAGCUCGACAAAAUGAACCACUAAUUAUGCGUAUUAUUUUUCAAUAUCAUCCACAAUUAUCAACUUCUGGUUUGAAUAUUGUUGAAUGGGAAACAAAAACUAAUGAUCAUGAACAUUCAACUAUUGAGGGUGGUGAUAUAGCUUAUAUUGGUGACGGAGUUUUACUUAUCGGUUGUGGUGAAAGAAGCAAUCGAACUGGUAUUGAAGCCCUAGCACGUACAGGUCUUUUCCGUCAAGUUAUUGCUGUUUCUAUACCAGCACAACGUGACUAUAUGCAUCUUGAUACUGUUCUUUCUACAGUUGGUAAACAUGCAUUUACUUUACAUAGUUUAUUAGCUAAUCAAAUGGAAGUAUUUACAGUGCAAACUCAUGACCCUAAUAAUAAUAUUCUUUCUAAACCGAAAUGGAUUUCACAUGGAUUUGAUAUUCGCCAAGUCCUUCGAAACCUACUCAAUGAUUCUGAAUUAGUAUUUUAUGAUGCAGAAGAUGAAGAAACAUCUAUUAUAGAACAAAGAGAAUGUCGUCAUAAUGUAUUAGCAGUUGAUGAUUGUCAUAUUGUUACUUAUGACGGUGGUAAUUCAGAAAAAAGCAUUGUUGCUCAAAUGAUCAAAAACAAUGCUUGUGAAGUGGGUUUAAUUCCAACUGAAGGUUUAUUAGAAGGUUGUGGUGGUAUGCAUUGUAUGACGAACACAAUUCGGCGGAGACGUUAA